CAGCGCAGACUGCUGGAUAUCACCUUUAAACCACAGCUUCAGCUGCAUAAUAUAGACCUCCCAAGACAUUAUGUGAAUGAAAAGUUGGACAUUUGGUACCAGCAGAGGAAUUCCAGAGUGGAACAAGAAGAAUCAGAAUUUUCACAGAUUGAAGAGGAACAAAAUGAACCUGAACCUCUACAACUGAAAGGAGAACAAGAUAAAGAAAAACCUCCUAACACUAAAGACGAACUGAAAGAACAAGACUCUUCACAGAUUGAAAAUGAACUGGAGGAACCAGAACCUCCACAGAUUGAAGAGGAACAGGAAGAAACAGAACCUCUACACAUUGAAAAGGAACUAGGCAAACCAGAACGUCCACAGAUUAAAGGGGAACAGAAAAAAACUGAAUAUCUACAGAUUGAAAAGGAACUAUGUGAACCAGAACCUCUGCAGAUUGAAAAGAAACUAGGCGAGCCAGAGGCUCCACAGAUUAAAGAGGGACAGGAAGAACCAGAACCUCUACAGAUUGAGAAGGAACAAAGGGAACCCGAACUUUCACAGGUUAGAGUGGAACAGGAAGAACCAGAACCUCUACAGAUUGAAAAUGAGCUAAGGGAACCUGAACUUCCACUGAUUAAAGAGGAACAGGAAGAACCAGAACCUCUACAGACUGAAAUGGAUCUAGGAGAACCCAAACUUCCACAGAUUGUAGAGGAGCAAGAAGAGCUCUGCAUUAGUCAGGAAGAAAAGCCACUUGAUCAGAUGGAGGAGCCUGACACCUUGAUGGAGACUCCUACUUCUAUGGAAAUUGAGCACAGUGAAGCAAAUGCAAACAAUCAUCAGACCUUUAAUAUAACUGAUAGUCAGGAUGAAGAAGAAAGCCAACAUGACGACUCAACAUCAACUACUGAUGGAGAAACAGACCCACAGGACAGAGCUCCAAAGAAGAGAAGGGACAAAAGUUAUGGCCAAAUUGUGGACAUCCCUUAUAUGUUAGAAAGUCAGUGUGAUUCUGAUGUAAGAAGAAAUCCCCCUAAGGGGACUGUGGUAAGAAAAUACAAAACAUUCUCAGAUGAAAAGAAGGUUUCCUCUAUAAAGUCUGGUAAAAGUGCAAAAAUUGCUCCCCACAUAACAGAUGAUUCUGAGAAAAGAUCUUGUGUCUGUGAGAAAUGCGGUAAAAGUUAUACACAGUGGUCUCAACUCAAAACACACAUGAGAUUCCAUACAGGAGAGAAACUAUUCACUUGUGAAGAAUGUGAUUCUUGCUUUAGUUCUUUAUAUAAACUCAAAAGACACAGGGAAAUUCAUACAGGAGAAAAGCCUUUUUCUUGUAAGGAAUGCGGUACAAGUUUUCGUCAAACAGAUGCUCUCAAAAGACACAUGAGAACUCAUACAGGCGAGAAGCCCUUUUCUUGUAAAGAAUGUAACAAAUGUUUUAGUCGUGAUUCUUGUCUCAAAAUACACAUGAGAAUUCAUACAGGAGAGAAGCCCUUUUCCUGUAAAGAAUGUGACAAGUCUUUUAGUCGUGAAUAUAGUCUAAAACUGCACAUGAGAGUCCAUACAGGAGAGAAGCCUUUUUUGUGUACAGAAUGUUAUAAAAGUUUUAGUCAUAGAUCUGUUUUGGAAACACACAUGAGAACUCAUACAGGAGAAAAGCCCUUUUCAUGUAAAGAAUGUGAUAAAAGUUUUAGUCAUAGAUCUGUUUUGGAAUCACACAUGAGAACUCAUACAGGAGAGAAGCCUUUUUCUUGUAAAGUAUGCGAUAAACGUUUUAGGGAUGUAGCUAAUCUCAAACAACACAUAAGGACUCAUACAGGAGAGAAGCCUUUUCUUUGUAGAGAAUGUAAUAAAAGUUAUAGUAUUGCAUCUCGUCUCAAGCAACACAUGAGAAGUCAUACAGGAGAGAGGCCUUUUUUUUGUAAAGAAUGUGGUGCAAGUUUUAAACAAAAAUGUAAUCUCAAAAAACACAUGAGGACUCAUACAGGAGAGACGCCUUAUUCUUGUAAAGAAUGUGAUGCUUGUUUUAGAUAUAAUUCUACACUCAGAACACACAUGAAAACUCAUACGGCAGAGAAGCCUUUUUCUUUUCAAGAAUGUCCUAAAGGAUUUAGUGAAAAAUGCUAACUUUGAAAAACACAGGAAGACAUCUCAUUCAGUAAAAGACAGUACAUGUUUACGUAGGAGUGAUUAAAAUUAUGUGAAAUUCCUUUUUUUAGCAAAAAAAAUGAUUUUUUCAAAGAAUAAUAGUACAAAGAUUGAAAUAUUGGAUUUUUUUUUCAUUUUGAUUUUUGUUUUUACCGGUGAUUAAAAAUCCCUAGUUCUGUGUCAAGAAAAUGUAAACAGUUCAAAAAGCGUUUUGUUAAAAACUCUGUGUUUGACCCUGCUCUACUAAUUAACUAUAAAAGCUUUCAAAAUGUUAUCUUAGCCUUUACCUCUAACAUCGAUCUUAGGUGCCAAUGUUGACAUUCUUUAAAUUACUAUAUUACUUGAAACGUUUUGGAGUAAGUAAGUAGAAUGAUUCCUGUGGACUGUGAAGAUGAGAAAAGCUGCUUUGCUUCACAUCAGAUACAGUUUGUGUACUUUAAUUGCGUAAGCACCAUUAAUGUAAAGAAAAAAAAAGUAUCACAAGCAUCAAAUAUUGACACCGAUAAUCACUCGAUCUUUGAUCUCAUUACAUGGUCCAUUAAUCAAUACAUAAAAUAUUCAAAUCACUUAUUUGUGAUACAAUACAUUAAAAUUAUUUUACCUAGAUUGUUGCAGUCAAGAUACUUAUUAUUUAUUUGAUAACAAGUCAGUUAUUUACAUAAAAAUCAAUUUUGUAUCUUUUUCCCCAUCAUAAUCUUGUAUGUACAGUAUAUUUGCUUUUGAACAGUACAACAGUGACUCUCAGUACUGUAUUGGUUUUUCAACAUGUAUUGGUUAUCCUUUAAAAUUGUGUAAACGACCGAAGAGUUAAGGUUGAUCAAAAAGUGUUUUACUUCCUGUCCCCUGACGAAAGCUGUGUUAAAGGGUUUAACGGUUUGUCAGUCUGAGUCAGUAGAAUACAAUAGAUUCUAAAAGACUUCAAACUUUGCUCUACUGUCAAGCUCUAAAGAGAAUACUGUUAAAGGUGCCUAUAGCUGUUACACUGAUCACAAUAUUACUGUUUGAUCAACCAAAGUCUGCUGACCUGAACCCACUAUAUUAAGAGGAUAACAUGAUAAAAAAUAAAGUGUUCUGACAAAUAUUUUGUGGUUUAGAUGUUUUUAUAAAUAGACAUUUGUUUUUCAAUUGUAACAGUUUAAUCUUAAGCUCCUGCAUGACUUUUACCAGUUAACAUUACUUUUUGUUUUUCCAUUUAAAAAAAGAAAUUAAAGAAAUGUUGUUCAGCAGUUUAAAGUAAUGUUAAAUUUUCAUAUAUUUUAAGCAGUAACAUUUAUUAUGAUCAUUUUGUUUAAAGUCAUUUAGUUUACUUUUGUAGCUAUAGUCUAUACAGAAGAUGUGUAUGUUGUUUAAAUCUGUGACAUAGCAUAUUGUAUAUCUUUUAAUUCUAACACUUUUUAUAGAAACAUUUCAUUGUUUUAAACAAAAAAUAUUUCAAAUUGUACUAAAUGUAAGCAAGUAACUGCUCUGUGAAGAAAACAGACUGGUGUUUUUAUCUUGUUUACGGGAUUUAUGUUUUAUAUUAGAUUAGAACUUCAUCUGUUGUUUCUAGUAUUCAGUGUUAUUGUCCCAAUCUUUACUAUGAAUAAUAAAGUGUCUGAGCAUCAUU